AUGAAGGGCGCGGCACGCCGACUAGCAGCCGCGGUGGAGGCUGUGCGAUCCGGUGUAGGCUCUGCCGCAGAGCAGCAAGCGCAGCAGAAGGAGCUCGUGCAAGCGCUGAUCGCGCUGCAGCGUCUGUGGAAGCCUGUGCUGCUGGCAAGCGUCCGACCGAGCAAGAAGCGGACGAGCAAGAGCAACGCCGCGCUGUUCCAGCUCCUACUGACGACACUGAUCGUGUACAGCGGCAGUCACGUCAGCGGGUCAGGUGCUGGCGCUACAGGGGGUGCAGCAGGGGCCAUGGGCGUCUCGCUGUCCUCCUCGAGCGCUCACACGUCCGAGUGUGUGCACCGUCUGUUGUGUGACUCUCUCGUGCGUUCUUUUGACUUUUCUGUGGUUCAGACCAUCAACGAGACGCUCAAGGCCAAGACCAUUUCACUUUAUGUAAAGGUGUCGCUGAUUAUGGUCGUGUGCCGGCUGCCGCUGCAAGAAUCACUGCCAUUUCUAUCGGAUGCAGUGACGCUCGCGAACCGUCACUUUCGAGCUGUGGAUUACUAUAUGAAGCAGUGUCUUAUUGAGAGUAUAGCACAUGCGCUAGCAGGUGCGUCGACGAGACUUGUGGCGUUCCAUGCUGAGGCACUGAAGAUAGUGAACAAGAGCUAUCAAAAUAAAGCGCCGGAAGUACGAAUUGCAACUGCAAAUCUGUUGCAGGUAAUAGCGGAAAGGACGUCGAUUUCAACGACAUCUUCUGCAAGCGGCGGGGGCGGAGGAGGUCUCGGAAGUGGCAACGGAAAUGGCGUUACUGGAAAUGGCAGUGGGUCUGUUGCUGGAGCAAGCGGGGGUGGAAGCAGCGCUAAUAGCCGCACACUUGGUGUUUCUCUCGAUUCGAUUAUGCAAAUAUCAGCCAAAGGAAUGGAAGAUGUUUCACCCGAAGCGAGGAGAGCAAACUCGGUCGUCGUAGGUGUGGUUCUUGCCAAGUACGCAUUGUCUUCAUCAGGUGAAACAGAAUUGCAGACAAGUGGGAGUGAAGCACAUGGGGCGAGUACGGUUUCUUCGAGGGGUAAUGACGAGGAUGCUAGUGGAAAGGGUUUGGCCGAGCAGGAGAUCCCUCCGUCCAGUGGAAAUGCGGCUGGAAAAGCUAAGAUGGGAUUUAAACUGCACGUUCCUGGGAUGACAGCAAUAAAUUUGCCGUCGUCACUCUCUCGUCGAAAAGCAGCUACAGUCCAUUUCUCGACCAUCGCGAAUGUGGUUUUGUACUUUAAGGAUAUGGUAACUAGCAAGUUUCUAUCGAGCAAUCCGACCCAUAGCCAUGGGGGUAUUCUGGCCGCCUUCUCAAUUGCUUUAUGCAAUAUGUUUGAGCGUCUUCCUCCUGACUCAAUCGCUGAAGCUCAGCUUCGCGAGGUCUUGGAUACCACGCUUGCGGUCCUUGAUUAUCCCUUCGCUCUCGGAGAUUUAACCCGGGCGCGUAAUGCUGUGGGUUUCGUUCUGCGCUAUGGACUCAGUGGAUGUCUAACAGAGCACCAACAAGAGGUGCUGUUGGGCGCAUACCUACACAAACUCAAAGAGGAAGCCCAGGCUUUGGAACCGAAUCAUCACAAGAUAUUGUCGACCUUAGUCGAGAUGAGUCACCUGUUUCAGUCCAUGGGUGAGGCUUCCGUAACCCAUGCACUCGAUGCCAACACCGUGCUUCAAGGUCUCCUUUGCCACGAAAAACAAAGCGUUCGCUUUCAGGCUGCUGUUGCGCUGGCCUCACUCGUCACUGCAAUUCCUUACCGGCUGAAAAGUGUGUUGACGAGCUGCCUACACGGUCUCCGAGUUACUGCCGGACACUUGAUGGGAUCUGAUAUCGAAGACGUGAGGAACUCGGUAUCAGCAGAAAAGUCGGAAGAUGGUCAAGAUGAAGGUAGUGAAAUGAAAAGCAAGACCCACUUGUAUGCACUGCAAGGUCGAUCUGUGGCUGUUGCCCACAUUCUUCGCGCUAUUACUUUUGAAUCCAGUGGAGGGAUAUCUCAAACGACUAUGGACGAUAUCUACAGUUUUUCCGAGGAACUCGUCGAGAGCCAAUUUCUCAACGAAUGCGCGGACAGUGUUUGGCUCACCUGCACGCGCGCCGGUUGGACGCUGUUGGGAAGUCUUGUUUCUAUGGAUAGUAAGCAGUGGCUCGAGAACAACCAAGAGAAGCUUUUGAAUCUUUGGCUCAAGUCAAGUGUGUUACACAGUCGCGAAUCGUCUCUCGAGCUAUUGCGCAUUGAAGCUGCGGUAAUUGCUCUGAAAUGCUUUCUGUUCAAUUACCAGGACCUUGCAGCAGACUGCAAUAACGACAUCUACCUCCUCUCAAAUCAUAUUCUGCACGUGUAUCUGACGGCAACGCAAGAUACACUGAGUAAACCUCUCAAGCGUCGCGGCCAGAUUGCUCGGUAUCGUCUGAUAGGGUGGGUCAUCGACUGUUUUUCGAUGCUCCCACCGGUUUACAGUGAUUCAUACAUCAUACUUUUAGAUUUGAUUGCCGAAUUUACUACAGCACACGCAUUGACGAGUCUUCGGCAUUCCUCGCUAGUGCCAGCAAAGUCCACGUACCUGCAAAGUGUUUUGUCUUCGGAGAACCACGCACUUGAUAUGGUAACCCUCUCCCGGUUGGAGCGAGGAGAUCGUCCGUCACCGCUGUACUCGAGGGAGCUGAACCACGUACUCGGGUUGCAGCAACACGAACAUGCUUUGACAGAUACUGAACUGGAGGUGCAAUACCUAGAUACAUUUUGGGGAACAAGUGCUGAAAGAAAAGCUGCAGAUGAUGCGGGAAAGAGAGUGCGCUGCAGCCCAUUCACUUACGUUCGACUUGUCGACGCAAGUGUAGUUUUGUUUGGCCGACUUUUUCACUUCAUUCCAGAAGAUCUGCAGCUGCGAUGUCUGCAACACUACGCAGGGGCCCUGGCCGAUUCUCGUGGUGACUGUGAUGUCAACGUGUGCUCGCUGUUAUUUGCCGUGAUCGCAGAAGCAAAACAUCUCGAGAAAUCCGAUGCCACACCAACGUCAUCCACGUUGCGUUCGGCAACAUCUUGGCCUCUUCAACUGCAAACUAUGCUAUGUGAAAUGAUUGCAAGCGUUCAUGCAGAUGUCCGCCGUGGUGCGGGCGAGGCUUUGGGAACACUGGCGUUGCUUAUCAGUGAAGACGAUUGCAAAGGAUUGGUCAUCGAGCUGGAGAAGCGCUUGAUAGUGGACAGACUUCCGCAUGGGGUCUCUAGUGCCGAUUUUGGCUCUAGCGCUGAUCUGGACAUGUCCAUUUUGUCAGCAGGAGCAGCUUUUUCACUAGCAUGCAUCAAGCGCGCUUGUGGCUUCCGUGUGUCCAUCGAAACAGGUCUUGUAUUCCGCUUUGCUGGUGAGUGUUCCCAGCCCCUUCGCACGUGGAUCUUACAUUCGUGGGGCAUCAUCUUGGAAUCCGUUUACUCUACUGGAGGCGAUCACGAGCAGUUUAUAAGCUCGACGUUCUCCUUGAUAGAAGCUCAGGUUCAGGCAGGUUUCGUCUAUUCAAAAGUGAACAAACACGCGUUACGAUGGCAGAUUAGCACAAAAGUGGCGCUGGGCAGGAUUAUCAACAAUGUUGUGGCAAUGCUUGGUCCAGAGCUUGACGGCUCAAGUGAUCGCUUGGAUGAAUUUUAUUCGUUCUGGAUGCUUCUUCGCCAAGAUGGUGACGCCCGGGUUGAGUUGGAAUACUUGCGGUUUCUAGAACAAGUGGUUGUAUUCUCGCCAUCUCGGUUUCAGUCAGGAGAUUUGACUUACAUUUUACGCCUUGUGUCUGAUACUGCUCUACUAAACCAAGCGACUCAAUCAUCAGGAGAAGCGCAUCAGAAGUCUAGACACUCGGUUUCGUCGCCAACAUCAGGCUAUACCCCGUCUCUGACUUUCGGUGCUUGUGGAGAACCGGUAAAGCAAAAUGGUCUCGUGAAUGUGGAAGUGUAUACAAAUGGAUGGAGUCGGAGCAUAUUACAAAAUGUCGGUUUGUCAUGUCUUCGCUCUUUGGUGGAGAGGGAUCCGAAGUUAAUUCGCCGCCACAACCUCUUUUGUCUUCUCUUUUUAGCUCUUCACACCGAAUACAAUGAGCUCAUGUGGGGCAACAUGCCUAGGCUACAUGGUAUGGGGGAUGUUCUCUCCUUCGCUUUUGCUGAUUCCGCAACCAUGCAAUGGAACAGCAUCGGAGUGCUGCAGAGGACAAUACUGGCGUUACUUGACGUUGAAGGUAGAGACCACGAAGGCGCUGAACCAUGUCUGUGGGCUCUCUUGUGUCGUAGUAUCGCCAUAGGCGAAUCCGCCGGUGUCUUUGCUUCUGCGAAUGUAAAGCAGCUUAUGAUGAUUCCGAAAGAAACGGACCCCGUGCCACGAAUGACAGGGAAUCUGGCACGGUCGCCGAAGCAAGUUCCCAUUACUGAUGCAGGUUCUCUUGCAUCUGCUGCUGUUGCCGCUCAAUUGGACACAUGGCGGUUAACUAAGGCAAGCGCAGGCAACCUGAUUGCUUCAAUGCCACCACUUUCACGUCGAGUUCGUCAUUUUGCGGUGGAGUGUGUGUUGCGUGUAUUCGAGGUGAUGGCAGCAGAACCCCCUCUGAUGGCUGGCAUGUGGCAGAAUAAAGAACUCCAUUUUGAUUCCGUUGCAACGCGCCGCUAUUACUUAGAAAUGGGUUCAAGUGGGGCAUCGUUUCCAGUUUCCGCUGAGUCUAACGUCAGAAACUUUUUGUGCAUGUAUCUGGACGAAUUUGUUACCCUCGCUUGCCAAGUUACUACGACCUCAGCGCAAGGAGCCGAGCUGCUGAUGUUUCAAUGUAUGGGGCUUCGUUUGCUAAACGUAUUGGUGAAGAACUUUGCAUCUGCUCGAGAUCCCGAAGUGGUAACUGGCGAUGCGUAUUUGUUAGAUCCAUACUGUGCCCAACUGUCAUCUGCUAUUCGUCACGCUCUCAAGCAAGUAAAGGUGGAACCGACAUUACCGGCCUCCACUAUGAUUAGCGACAACGGCGAGGAUAGCUACUUUUACGCCCCACUAUUUCUUGAAGCUCAUGGCAUUGCAGGCGCUUGCGUAUCAGCUCAUAUAGUAAAAGACAAGGUGGGACUGGGACGCAUUCUGAAAGAAGUCGUCAAUCAGGACUACGAUCAUGCACAUUUCAUUGGCGAGGAGCUCACGCGUACUUCUCUUUCGCUCGCCAAUCUGGUAUCUGUCGGAGAACUCCUGACGUCAUGUAUCACGGAAGCAAUUGGUCAAAAAGGUGUGACCGGUGACGCAAGUGACGCUAUCGUUACGUCUUCGCUUGUGAAAGCGAUGAUAAAUGGCUUGUCGGGAACCACCAAGUACUUGAUGCAGUGCUGGAUGGAUACUACGUUCAGAUAUGGGGCUGUGAUGCUCAGUUGUGCACAGUCGAUGCAUGCGACAGCUACUACAAAUGCAGUUUUACUGCCUGACGAGUCAAUGCUUAUGCCGGCUUUGCAAGUGCCGAAGCCAUCUACAAGUACCGGCGCAACUACUCCAGUAUUCGCGGCGACCGCCAUCAAAGAACUCCGCGAGCUCUAUAAGCAGUACUGGCCAAAAAUCAUUAACGCAGUGGCAGUUUCGGAGGUGUAUGUGUCGAAGUCGGGUUUUUUGUGCAGCUCGCUGGAAGGUGACAUCCACAAAUCGUUGUCAGUCUUGUUGUCAAGCGCAAUCUUCCAUAUCAACAUGAGUGCUCGCGAUCGGUUAGAGGACGAAGGGAGGUUGUCAACUGUUCUCCGUACGAUCCCGUUGCUAUUGAGAGCUUUAGUGGACAACCCGCCCAAACAGGAUGGCUCUUUGCCCAGUGGCUUUCCAGUGCUUUUGAUGGCUGCGCUGAAUACCCUCAUGCUUACAAGUAAGCGAUGUUCUGGACGCGUUCAACUUGAGGCCUUGAGUGCGAUGUUUACGAGCUUGUCGAGCGAAAAUCUAGCUCGUGCUAAAGAGUCAUGUUGCUCCCGAGCUGACGGACAGCAGCUUUGUAAAACUCUUUUUGAUACUGUGGCAAAGUCUGGAUUGUGCCCAACAGAGAUUGUGUGUCAGCUUUGCGAUGCUACCAGGCAGACUCGAUAUGCUCGCGCAGUUAGUACCGGUUGCAGAACCGCACGACAUCAUUGCAGUUUCGCAGCAGGUAAUGAUGGUACCAAGCACAUGAGUGAGAUCGUGCAGUUCGCUGCUAUGGGUAUAAAGCUUUUGCAUGCGACUGAAGAAGCUCGGAGUGAGGUGGUGCGCUCGGUGACUCUGGUGGAGCACGUUACAUCCUCUGUCGCUAAUGGUGAUUACUCUAUCCCCGUGCAACAAGCCGUGCUGACCCUUGGUCGGGCUUCCGUCGAUUCAGUACUUGCGCUAGCACGCACACUUGAAAUGAAUGACAAUCCAGCCGACGAUGAUCUGAAACAGCGCGUCAAAUCAAGCGUUCGCAAUUGUUUCGAGCUCCUCGCCCAGCGGCUCAAAGCCGAUGUGUACAAUGCUCCAGCGUUUUCUUUGCAAGUGGUGGCAAAUUAUGCUGUGAGUUUUCCAACCAGCCUUCAAGAUGAUGCGGAACGAUUCCAUGCUGAAUUUGCGAAAACAGCUUCGGCUAUGUUGGAAGCCAUUCCUGGUCAUGAUGAUGAAGGUUAUCAGAAGCAGCCACUUGCCGCUGCUCCAACAGAGCUUCUGCAAGGUUUGCACACAGUUGUAAACAAGCUCAUCGACGCGCACCAAACUGCUGUUACGAACAGGUACAUGGCGGCAAUCGGUCCUCAUCUUGUCGAGAUUGUAACGGCUACUAAUGGGUACCCGGAGGCAGCCGCACAGCUUGCCGAACUGGAUGAGGCUGAGAAACUCCUCCGUGUGCUAAUGACGCAGUUGAAUGACCAGCAUGGAUCCACCUUUGUGCACAUGCUCCUCCCAAGGCUUGCAGCUGUUCUCAGCCAUCCCCUAUCAUCCGGCGUAGACAAUGCAACUCCCGGACGAGUGCCCACCAUCCUGUCACGACUUCUGUUGUGCUUUGCCCAGGCCCACGCAAUUGCAUUCAAGGAAGCUGUGGCGAUCAUGACUCCUUCUUUGCGUUGUGUGCUGGAGACCACCUUACGCCUCGCCCUUACGCGCUCAGCUGCAGGUGCAGCAGGGAUGUGCGUGCAAUCCUCACUUCCACAAAGCAGUGUCUCUACCGCAACGAAGCUGGACUUGAGUCGGUAUGCCUAA